AUGUACAAUCUUAAAGAACAAUUUAUAUCAUUUUUUCAACCAUCAGAUAAUAAACUAGCGCUUAAGUUGUUUGGUAAUAAAGUUGCACUAGCAUGUGAAAAGCGUCGACAACGUGAACAAGGCAAAUGGAUUAUACAUCCAUGCAGUAAUUUCCGAUUUUAUUGGAAUGUUAUAAUGCUCAUUCUACUAAUGGCUAACCUCAUAAUGUUGCCGGUGAUAAUUUCAUUUUUCAAUGAUGAUCUUCCUGGAAAUUGGCUUAUUUUCAAUAGUAUUUCCGAUACCCUAUUUAUACUGGAUAUUAUUGUAAAUUUUCGUACUGGGAUUAUCAGGAAUGAUUUUGUGGAUGAUAUUAUACUGGAUCCUGCAGAAAUUGCACGUGAAUACUGUAAAACAUGGUUCAUUUUAGACCUAAUAAGUUCAAUACCAAUGGACUAUGUUUUAUUUGCCUUUAAAGGAUAUGAACAAGGUGAACGAGCUGAACACUUAGUGCAGGCAGGUCGUGCAUUAAGGAUAUUACGAUUAGCGAAACUAUUGAGUUUACUAAGGCUUCUACGUCUUUCACGUUUAGUUCGGUAUAUAACUCAGUGGGAAGAAUUCAUCAAUAUUGCAAGUAAAUUUAUGGGGAUAUGCAAUCUAGUCUUAAUCAUGCUUAUAUUGGGUCACUGGAACGCAUGUUUACAAUUUCUUGUACCUAUGCUCAUGGAUUUCCCCGUGGAUAGUUGGGUUAGUAAAUCACGCUUACAGAAUGCUUACUGGUUUGAACAAUACACAUGGGCGUUAUUUAAAGCUCUUUCACAUAUGCUUUCAAUUGGUUAUGGACGUUAUCCGCCAAGUACACUACCAGAAGCGUGGAUUACCAUUAUAAGUAUGAUGACAGGUGCAACGUGUUAUGCCCUGUUUGUUGGUCAUGCGGCUGCACUGAUACAAUCCUUUGAUGCAUCUAAGAGAAAAUAUCGAGAAAUGUUAAAACAAGUUGAAGAAUACAUGGCCUAUAAAAAGUAUCCUCGAGAAUUGAGAAGACGUAUUGCUGGUUAUUACGAACAUAGAUAUAAAGGUAAAAUGUUCAAUGAAAAGGAGAUAUUAGGUGAAUUAUCAGAAUGCUUGCGAGAGCAAAUUAUCAAUUACAACUGUCGUGCCUUAGUAGCAUCUGUUCCAAUAUUUGCUAAUGCUGAUCAGAAUUUUGUAUCAGAAGUCAUUGUAAAAUUGAAACAAGAAGUAUUUCAACCCGGUGAUUUGAUUAUUAAAGAAGGUACUUAUGGUACAAAAAUGUAUUUCAUACAAGAAGGAGUUGUGAAUAUCAUUACUAAGGACGGUGUUCUAGCUACAAGAUUAUCGGAUGGCUGCUAUUUUGGAGAAAUAUGCUUAUUAACGAAUGCACGACGUGUAGCGAGUGUAGAAGCUGAAACCUAUUGUACACUUUAUUCAUUGGACCAAAAACAUUUUUAUGAUGUCUUAGAAAACUAUCCGGAGAUGAGAGUAACACUAGAAAAGGUUGCCGCAGAACGUUUACAGUCUCUUGGUCGUCGAACAUCGAUCAUACAGUCAUCAAAAUUUAUAAAUGAACAGUCAGAUUAUGCUUUAAAAAUUGCUGAUGAGGUUAUAAAACAUCAACAUCAUGCAACGUACUGCUCAAAAGACGAUUGUACUAACCCAUAUUACAGUGACAAAACAACUAAUCAACCGUUUAAAUCGGAUUAUUUGAUUAAAAAUGAACCAAUCACUGCAGAUAAUUCAAAUGAUGUGACAAAUCCUGUUUUCAUCAAAUCAAAAGAUGGUAUGGAAUGUACUCAUCAACAAAAUCAUCUUGACAAUCAAAAUAAAUCGAAACAGAAUCAACCUACUAUAAUUACGACAAGUGUACACUCCUCAAGUGAAUGUAGAACCACUCAUUAA